AUGGGUGGUGCUGCUGACUACAAGAACGGCCAUUUCAUUGGCAACUGGGGCGAGCUCGGCUGCCCGACCCCUCAGCGCAUUGCCUCCUAUGCGCUUUCCUCCAACCGUCAGCGCCCCUUCGCCGGUGCUGCCAACGCCGCGGUCUUCAACACUUUCCGCCGUUUCCGCCACCAGGUUCUCUACGUUGUUCCUCCCUUCAUCCUCGCCUAUGUGACCAUGAACUGGGCUGUUGAGCGCAAUGAGUUCCUCAACUCCAAGCCUGGCCGUAUGCUCGAGGGUGGUGGCGAGGAGUAA